AUGGCUCCUAGAAGCAGUAAGAAAGCAUUGACAUUAUGUCUAUUCCAAAGUUUGGCGGGUGUGCUCUUCGGUUGGAGUAACUCUGAAGGAAGUGGUUUGUUUAACAUGGACUCGUAUCAACGACGAUUCGGUGUCUGUGAUGCCAGUGGCGUAUGCACCCUCGGUACGACCAGACAAAGUGCUAUUACCGGUUUAUUGAGUGUUGGUGCGACUAUUGGUGCUGUUGGUUCUGGUUCAGUAGCCGAUCGAUUCGGUCUCCGUCUCACUUGUUUAAUUUUCAUCUUCAUCUACCUGAUCGGUGCUGCUAUCGAAACCUCCGCCAUGAACACUUAUGGACAAAUUUGCGUCGCUCGAUUGUUGACUGGACUCGGUGUCGGUGCUACAUCAGGUUUGGUACCAGUCUUCCAAGCCGAAGCUGCCCCACCAAGAUUCAGAGGUUUGGUCACUGGAUCUUUCCAAUUGUGCGUCACCCUCGGUAUCUGGGGUGUGGCGAUGACCAAUUGGGGUAUGAGCUCAUACGCCGGUGAUGUAUCAUGGAGAGUCCCAGUAGGUCUUCAGAUGGCCUGGGCCGUCUUGUUACUCGUCGGCUUCGUCUUGUCACCUGAAUCACCCCGAUUCCUCGCCAAGAAAGGAAAGUGGGAUCACUGCCGUAAGAACUUGGCUAAUCUCCGAGGUCUCCCAAUGGAUCAUCCCGAUAUCGAGACCGAGAUGGAAGAGGUUCGUGCCGCCACGAUAAAAGAUCAAGAACAAGGUGAUGCAAGUUACUUGGAAUGUUUCUCCGCCAAAGACCGAAUUCUUUGGAGGACUAUGAUCGGUAUCUUUGUGCAGAUUGGUCAACAGAUCACCGGUAUCAACUUCUUCUUCUCCUACGGUGUCCAAUUUGCCCAAACUGCUGGUAUCGAUAACAGUUAUAUCUUCCAAAUCAUCCUCGCCUCUGUUAACGUCCUCUUCUCCUUCCCCGGUAUCCUCGCCGUCGACCGGGCCGGUCGAAGACCUGUCUUGCUUAUCGGCGGAGCUCUUAUGUUUACUGGUCAAAUCGUCGUCGGAUCCGUAUCAAAGGCUUACCCAGACGACAAGAUCGCCGGUGACGUCUUGAUCGCUUUCACCUGUCUCUUCGUGGCGAGUUUCGCAUCCAGUUGGGGUCCAGUCGCUUGGGUCGUAUGUGGUGAAACUUUCCCUAUCAGACUGAGUAGCUUGUGUGUGACUUUGGGUACCGGUGCCAACUGGUUGUUCAACUUGAUCAUCGCUUUUGCCGCCCCUCAAAUUCAAGCUAUUAUCGGAACUGGUAUCACCUUUGUAUGGGCAGGAUGUCUUGCUUUGUCAUUCACCUUUGCCUACUUCUGUAUUCCCGAGACCAAAGGGAUGUCCAUCGAGGAGGUCGACGCUUUAUACCUCUCUCACACUCCCGCCUGGAAAUCAGGUAGCUUCAAAGAAUCCCAAGCUAGCUCCCAGAAGCUCGCUUCCGAGAAAGCUUACGCCAGAUCUACCCACCGAGAAGGCCAGGAAGGGAAAUCCUCCCAACAAACCAGUGCCAGGACUAGUGCCGAGGGUGCUAUGGUAUAA